AUGGCAGAAACACUUGCUGGAGGCAGAAACGGGCUCUGUGAUAAAGUCAUACGAGUUGUUCCUGAGAGCGAGAGGGAAACCCAGAUCCUGAAGGCUGCAUUGAACAGGCUUAAGAAAGAGGACAGAGCUACCUUAGGUACCUCGGCCCAGAAGAAGGCUCACUGCUGCAAAUACUCCAGCAGUCAAGAUGUUGAUGUCUUCCUAGCUGUGGACCUGUGGCAGCCCAGCAGCCCCUUCCACAUCGUUGAAGGUACGGUCACCGACGUGCGAGUGCCACAGAACACGUCCCGAAGUCUGCUGCCCUACCUCCAGCAAGCAAACAUCCAGUACAAGAUUCUCAUAUCAGACCUACAGAAAGUAAUAGAAAACGAAACUGGACUGAGGUCACAUAGGAAUCGAAGGUCCCUCUCUGGGUAUAACUACGAAGUGUAUCACUCCCUGGAAGAAAUCCAGGGUUGGAUGCAUCAUCUGAAUAAAACUCAUGCAGAUCUUAUUCAUAUGUUCUCUGUUGGAAAAUCCUAUGAAGGGAGACCACUGUUUGUACUCAAGGUAGGUAAAAGAUCACGGCCUUACAAGAAAGCGGUCUGGAUAGACUGUGGGAUUCAUGCAAGAGAGUGGAUUGGCCCUGCCUUUUGCCAGUGGUUCGUGAAAGAAGCUCUUCAGACAUACCAGACCGAUCCUGCCAUGAGGAAGAUGCUAACUCAGCUGUACUUCUAUAUCAUGCCUGUAUUUAAUGUGGAUGGAUAUCAUUUUAGCUGGACAAAUGAUCGAUUUUGGAGAAAAACAAGAUCAAAGAACACAAGGUUUCGGUGUCAUGGUGUUGAUGCUAAUCGCAACUGGAAAGUGAAAUGGUGUGAUGAAGGUGCUUCCUUUCACCCGUGCGAUGACACCUACUGUGGUCCCUUUCCUGAGUCUGAGCCUGAAGUAAAGGCUGUUGCUCAUUUUCUCCGCAGACAUCGGAAACAAAUAAAAGCCUAUUUGUCCUUCCACGCAUAUGCACAGAUGCUGCUGUACCCGUACUCUUACAAAUAUGCGACUAUUCCAAACUUCAGCUGUGUGGAAUUAGCAGCCCAUAAUGCUGUUAAUGCUCUUCAGUCAGCCUAUGGUAUAAGAUACAGAUAUGGUCCUGCAUCUAGUACUUUGUAUGUGAGUUCUGGUAGCUCUAUGGACUGGGCCUACAAAAAUGGCAUCCCCUACGCGUUUGCGUUUGAGCUGCGUGACACCGGCCACUUUGGAUUUUUACUUCCCGAGACGCUGAUCAAACCCACCUGCACAGAGACUAUGCUUGCAGUUAAAAACAUAACUCUUCACCUGAUGAAGAAAUGUCAUUGAGAGCUAUUCCUAGGAGCUGGAAGUGAGCGUUGCGCUUCCAGUGUUGAUGCCUUUCGGUGCGUUCAGCUCCCAUUCUGAGCUUGGCCACUUCAAAAUUAUAGACACUAAUGGGAAUAUGGUAUUGUUUCUACCAGAUUUGGCUGGUGGAAAAUGGAAAAA